UGAACGUAUAUGCAUAAUUAAAAAUAUUAAGAUUUUAACUGUCUCCUCUGUUCACAGCCAAUGAGAUUGAACACGAUCUCGAUGCUCAGGCUGAAGACUGCUACAUUGCCAUGGAGGCACUAUGUGAGGUCUUGAAGUCUGCACAACCUAUUAUUGUAUACUUUCCGGAUUCUUCUUUAUGGCUGUCUAGAGCUGUUUCCAAGGCAAAUAGGAAAGAAUUUGUCCACAAAGUGCAAGAAAUGUUCGACCAAUUAUCAGGACCUGUUGUCCUGAUCUGCGGUCGAAACAAGGUUGAAACAGGGUCAAAAGAAAAAGAGAAAUUUACCAUGAUUCUUCCCAACUUGGGCCGCCUUGCGAAGUUGCCUCUUUCUCUGAAGCGACUAACAGAGGGAUUAAGAGCAACAAAACGUUCUGUAGAUGAUGAUAUACAUAAGCUCUUCUCUAAUGUUAUGAGUAUUCAUCCUCCAAAG